CAGGAUGGAAGGUGAUAGACAAAAAGACGCAAAAGGAAUGCAGGAAGAGAAGAACCACUACGAUUGGUCAAGUUCCUCAGAUACAUCCCAAGAAGACAAUGUUGAAGCAGAGAAGAGGAGGAGUUUCCGUUGCGGAAGCUGUUCAAGAUCAUUCAUCCGAUUCUUCGAACUUACGAAGCAUAAGAAGAAACAUCACGGAGUGGAGAUAUCUGGAAGUCCAGAGAAAACUACUUCUGGCCUAAAUCAUCAAGACGAAGGAUCUCCGGAACUGAGAACGCAGUCUGAGGAUUUUCAGUGCAGCAUCUGCUCAAAGACGUUCAAAAAGAAAAAUUACCUCAGGAUGCAUGGAAUGUUGCACGGGAAGAAAAUCUUCAUCUGUACAAUCUGUGAAAAGACAUUUUCUGUAUACUAUCUAAUCAGGCAUCUUAAGUCACAUUCAAAGAGGAGAGAAAAACCCCAUAUGCACAAGAAGAAACAAUUCUUCGAACUUACAAAGCAGAAGAAGAAACAUCACGAAGUGAAGAUAAUUUCUUCGGAGAGUUCAGAGAAGAUUACUUCAAAGACCUUUGGCCUAGAUCAUCAAAAUGACGUAUCAUUGCUCCAGAAACCGCACUCUAAGGAUUUUCAGUGCAGCCACUGCUCAAAGACGUUCAAGAAAAAACAGAGCCUCCGGCUGCAUGAAAGACUUCAUGGAGAGAAGAUCUUUAAAUUAACAUCCAGUGCUAAAACAAUGAGAUCAACUCAAAAAGAAAAUAACUCAGCCCAAAGGCUAAAUGAAGAUGCACAGAAAGACGUAAAAGUGCAAGGUGAGACAGAUGACGAUGGGUCAGAUUUCUCAGACAGUUCCCAAGAAGACAAUACUGAUGCAGAGAAGAGGAGGAGUUUCCGUUGCGGAAGCUGUUCAAAAACAUUUAUCCGAUUCUUCGAACUUACAAAGCAUAAGACGAAACAUCACGGAGUGGAGAUAUCUGGAACUCCAGAGAAGAUUACUUCAAAGACUUCUGGCGAUGUUCAUCAAGGCGAAGAACCAUUAAACUUGCACUUGAAGAAAGAUCCUCCAGAUUUCCAAUGUAGCCACUGCUCAAAGACGUUCAAGACAAAACGGGGCCUCAGGAAACAUGAAAAGCUUCAUGGCGAGAAGAUCUUCAAAUGUACAAUCUGCGAAAAGGCAUUUUCUACAAAGAAUUAUCUUGCUAUACAUCUUAAGUCACAUUCAGAGAGAAGAGACCAUGAAUGCCAAGAAUGUGGCAAAACUUUUAAAACGAAAAACACACUUCGACAGCAUCACAUGAUACAUAGCAGUGAAAAGCCUCAUGUCUGCAAGAUCUGUGGAGAAGGAUUUAAAAUGAAAGGUUCCCUGUUGCGGCAUUCUAAACUACAUACAAAGAAUCCUAAGAAUUUCAAAUGCGCCCAUUGUGGUGAAAUAUUUCUGGGGAAGAAAUCUCUAAAUCACCACCUAACAUCACACAGAAAGGAGAAGUAUUCCUUUGAUGGGAAAUUUUUUAAAAGCCAAACUGAAUUGGAAAGGUACCUACGGGCGAAUUCUAUAAUGUGGAAUUUCCAGUGCGAUCAAUGUCCAAAGGCUUACAAACACAGGGGAAGUCUUCAAAAACAUCAGUUAAACGCUCAUGAAAAAAUACUUUCCGAUGUGGCGUUUCUACCAUAA